CAUCAGGAUGUUUCACACUUCUGCCUUUGCACCGGCCUCAUAUAUAGGGAUCUUGUUUAAUUUUUAGAUUUUCACUUUAUUUUUUCCUUGAAGUUACUUCUAGUGAAGCAAAGAACAACCAGCUGAUGACAUGGGGAUCCUUUACUCUGAGCCCAUCUGCCAAGCAGCAUAUGAGAAUAAUAUAGGAGAAGUCCAGGUUCUUCUGGAAGAAGACAGCAAAGCCUUGAACGUACGGGACAGCUUUGGUGGGGACACCCCUCUUAUAUGUGCCUGCCGAAGAGGUCAUAUUAAAGUGUCAAGCUAUUUAUUGUCUAUGAAAGCCGAUGUGAACAUCAGAAAUAACAAAGAGAGGACGUGUUUGCAUUACGCUGUAAGACGGAAAUUUACAUUCCUGGAUUACCUGUUAAUUAUUAUCUUAAUGCCUGUUAUGCUUAUCGGAUACGUUAUAAUGAUUUCAAAGACCAAGCAGAAUGAAAGGUUGAUUCAGCUUUUGAUAGGAUCUGGAGUCGACAUCAAUGCUUCAGAUUAUAAAGGAAACACUGCUCUCCAUUAUGCCUGCAAGAUGAAAAGUCAAUCUAUAAUACCAAUUCUUCUUGGAGCUAACGCAGAUCCUUACCUAAAGAACAAGGAUGGGGAGAGCCCAAUGGACAUCGCACAAAGAUUAAAAUUCUCUCAAAUCUUAAACUCGCUAAAGAAGUCAUCGUAAAAUAAGAAUCAAGUCUGUAUGUAUAUUGAACAUGAAGGCAGAACAUCGUACAUGUUGAAGGGUAGAUCACUAUAAGCUCUGCAUGGUAUAUGCUGUAACAUUCCAGAUCUUCCAUCUCUAAAUUAGAGUGCGUCCCGUAACUGUAAGACUGAUUUUUAUUUUUUUAAGGUUUGAGCCCAUGCCUUUCCUUGAAGUAUUAUAUAAUUCUGGUUAGCUUAUACAUUUAAACACCUAAAUAGAAUUUUCACACAAAACAAACAAAACAUCCACAUCUUCUACAAAGACCAGAAGGACAAAUCAAGGCAAGAACAAAAAACCUUAAUGGACAGAGAUAUAAGUAAGCACUGCUAGUUUAAGGUUAAUAUAAUACUGUAUAUAAUCUGUUUCACCCCCUUUUC